AUGCUUGGCUGGAUUAAGCGCCUAGUUAGAAUGGUAUUUCAACAAGUUGGAGUAAGCAUGCAAUCAGUACUUUGGUCUGGAAAGCCUUACGGUUCAUCGCGAAGUAUUGUAAGGAAAAUUGGUACCAAUUUAUCUCUGAUUCAGUGUCCAAGAGUUCAGUUUCAGCUUACCAACCAUGACACAGACUGGAGUCCCAACCACCCAGGAGAGGAUGCAGUGGCAUCUUUUGCUGAUAUUGGAUGGGUAGCCAAAGAAGAAGGAGAGUGUUCAGCAAGGCUAAGGACAGAAGUCAGACAGCCUCUUCAGGAUGACCUUCCUGUUUUGGAUAAACCCCCAAGCAGGCAGGAUUUCCCACACCUGUCUCAAGAAACACCUGCACCAAGGACUGCGGUGCUGGCGAAUGAGGAGGCAUUGCAGAAGAUCAAUGCUCUUGAAAAUGAGCUUGCUGCACUCCGGGCCCAGAUUGCCAAAAUCGUCACCCUGCAGGAGCAGCAGAGCCUCACUGCAGGUGACUUAGAUUCUACCACUUCUGUUACUACUACACCACCACCUUCUGUCCCGCCUCCUCCACCGCCACCGCUUCCGCCACCUCCUCCCCCACUCCCUUCUGCAGAGCUUCACCAAGGUAGAUCUGCCAUUGAUCUGAUUAAAGAACGAAGAGGGAAGAAGGCCAGUGCUGGAACAACUUUGGUUAAAAACAGUCCAAAGAAACCUGACAUGCCAAAUAUGCUAGAAAUCCUUAAAGAUAUGAAUAGUGUCAAACUUCGUUCAGUGAAAAGGUCUGAGCAAGAUGUCAGGCCCAAACCAGUGGACACUACUGAUCCUGCUGCCCUCAUUGCAGAGGCUCUGAAAAAGAAAUUUGCAUUUCGGUACCAAAGCGAGGUUGAAAAAGUAAUUACAAAAUCUGAAUCAGAAACCACCUCAGAAACAGUGUUGUUUGGACCACACAUGUUGAAGUCUACAGGAAAAAUGAAGGCUUUAAUUGAAAAUGUUUCCAGUUCCUAA